AUGGCUCAAUCAGGCUCUAUGAAGCUACUUGGUGCACGCAACAUGAGUUGCAUUGUGGAGCGCAUGGAGUGGAACAACAAAAUGGAUCUCAUUGCCUACGGCACCGAAAAAGGCGAGGUAAUCAUUCAGCGCCUCAACUGGCAGAAAAUUGUCACAUUUCCCACGCCAGGCGAGGAUGUGCGCGUACGUUCCCUCAGCUGGCAAAUGGAUGAGACACUGCUGGCGGUCGGCUACAGUAAUGGCAAGGUGGCGCUGCUGGAUGCGGAAAGCGAGACUAUAAUAUCGGGAUUGAUCUACGAUGAUGACAUUAAGAAGGUCUUCUUUAGCAAGGCAAUUAACUCAAAGGAGAAACUCGACAGCUACACAUGCAACUCAAAGGACAAGCACAAACGAUAUUUACUAAAGCUGCCGCCGCUGACGAAUAUUGAUCCGUGCCUGAAAACGCUCGAUCAGAAGUCGUUUCCCAAAGGAUCGCCCUGUUUCCUUGUGGUAAUCAUGCGCAGCGGUAAAGUGCAUUUACUGUUGCUUGGCGCCCUGCAAGCGGGCAGCAUCGAUUUAACGCAACAUAUACUGCAUCCCGAGGAGUUUGAUGUGUACGAUGUCCGUCUAAAUGGUGACUUUAAUGCCAUUUAUGCAUUGCUGCGCGACGGACACCAGCUGAAGCUGUUGCACUUUCAUAAUCAAGUGCUGGAGGAUUGUAUAUCGCCCAUGCUGGAGCUGGCUUCCCACUGUGCCCACAUACUGGAGACCAAAAAUUAUAUUAACGACACACAACAAUGCCUUUUGGAGGCAUGGGAGACAGUUCAACUGGAAAUGGACAAUAAGCUGACCAAGUAUGCCAAUUCACAGGCGUAUGGCAUGAUUUCGGCUUAUUUUCUGGAGCUGCAUGUUUUCGGUUACGCCACCCUGGAGGUCGAGGAGUUUCUGUUCGAAGGAUUAACAGAGAAGGGCUUCAAGAAGAUCGCCAACUCGGUGGAUCUAAGCCUCAAGAAUCUGCAGGGAUUAGUCUUCAAGCAACUAACUGGAGCAGCCGUUAACAUGUUCUAUUUUCUCAAUACAAUUGCUGGCUUUGGACGCAUGUCGCAUUUCUUUGAAGCACUUAUCUCUCCGGAUGUGGCCAGCGAAGCAAUGCGCGCCUGUGGCGCCUUCCUUCUCAAGGUGCACGAGCUGCAGCGCACCAUUGAUAUUUUGGUGUCCAACAUGAAGCUGUUUCACUCUUGGAUGAUAUUCACCAUACUGCGUCUGUCGCAUCAAGAGAUACCCGAUGAUAUGAUCUUUAGUGGCAAGGAGAAUAUUGCGCUGGCUGAAUUCUUUUGCGCCAUGGAACCAGACCUGCCCGAUGCAUGUGAAGCCGAUGAUGUUAGCCAAGAAGAAAGCUCUGCCACAAGGUCUGCAGCAACAGCAGAAGAUGAUGAAUUGUCUGACGAUGCUAGUGCCAUUCCGAUGGUGACAACGCGUACCAAAUUCAAUUUAGAGCGCGUCGGCCAGUAUCUAGAGAAUGCAUAUCUAACGCAAUUGCAGUCGGUGGAUCCUACACAGCUUUGGACGCGCCUCCUGGCGGAGAACGAUUGUCUGGCGCAGUGCAGUCUGCUGGUGCCGCAUGACAAGAAGCUAUCGCUGAUACAGCAGCGCGACAAGAUGUUUAACGCCAUCGACGCCGUAUUCCACAAGCCCACGGAGAGCAUCAGUGGCAGCUUCAAGUUAACCACGACAGUCAUCUGCUACGAUCUGCCGCAGUAUAUCGUCGAAUCAGCGCUAGACGAGGAACACGAACUGAAUUAUGAUUUUGUCAACUGCAGCUACCAUGUGCAUGAGGCCACCAAAUGUGAUAUGCUUGCGGUGACUGUCAGGUGGCAGGAAGCGAUGAUUCUGGAAUUCAGUCGCGCCGACGAUUGUUUGCUCCGGUGCACGCGUGUUCAUUUGCAGCCGGGCCCGUUUACGCCACAGUUGCACGAGAACUACUACAAUCUGCGCAUCGUUGAUAUUCAGUUCUACAACGAAUCAUCGAUAUCGAUGCUGGCGCAGACAUUGUUACCAACCCCUGGCGUUCGUCCGCACAGCUACUUUUUGCAGUUUGCGUUGAGCGCGACGCGGAAUCAGAGCACACAGCAUCAGAUGGCGCCACUGGUUAAGCUUCCGGAUGCGACAAUGGCGCACAGCAUUCACGAUAUUCCCGAUGCAGUCACAUUUAAAGGCUUGGACGGCGUCUGUGAAAUGCUGGCCGUAUCGGGCAGUCGCAAGGUGGCCACCGUUCUCUCUGACCGCCGUCGCAAAAUGACCAUAUUUGAAAUGGAGAUAGAAGAGGAGGAGGACGAUACGGAAAUGUCACAGGCAUCGUUCUUGGAUAUGAGCAAAGAUUCUGUGCUAGCCACCGGUGCCAACGAAUCGGACAAACUCGAGGCGUAGUAUUACGCUAAAUGAUAAAUGGAUACGAGUCGUUGAAAUCUCUUCAAAUGAAUGCACAAUUGUGGGCCAUUUCUAACAUUUGUCUCUAUUUCAUUUUUCUUCUUUUGUUACUACUCUUUACUUAGCAAAGAUAUA